UUUAAUAUUCAGAACGAACUGGGGGGAUCGGCUGGAAGUGAGGGAAAGCCCUGCAGAAACAACUUGGCAGCUCUUUUCCGUGAGUGGAGGGGCUGGAGGGAGGUGCUGCAGAGCUCCCCUCCCUGCCCGCAGCUCCCAGCGCCGCCCGGGCCCGGUAUUGUUGCUGCAGCUGGUGUUGUGAAUCAGGCCGACGACAAGCGCUUCCUACAAUCCGGCUAUUUCACUACACCAGGGUUGCAUCAUACCACUCGCUUCGCUCUUCGCCUGCCUCUGGAGCCCUCCUGUCUCUUCCGGAGCAUCUCUGACCGUGCUGUGUUUAACAGACCCCCUCACACACUUAAGGGACUGAUUUGUGCUGUUUUGGGCAAAUCAGCGGUUUUGAUGGAACAGUGAGGUUCUAAAAUAAAGCCAUUUCUGCUGGGUGUGAGUCUGCUGGUGCAUCUCUUGUGAGAGGAAGCUGGUGUCUGCUCUGUGGAGGGUGUUGUGUGAGGUGCUGGGGUGAGGCUCUUUCCUUGUCCCCGCUCUCCAGGCUCCGAGGUGCUCUGCAGUGCUGUGAGGGCUGAGCACGGAUGCUGACCGGGCUGCCUGCCCCCAGCUUCCCGGGUAAGCAGCUGUGCAGGGCUUGGGUGAUCACGGCUGUCUGCCCACAAACAAGGAGGCUGGAGCAAGUCCUCAAAAAUCAGGUCAGAAUCUGUGUGUGAAUGCAGAGACAGCCAGAGGCAGCGGGACAGGCAGGCCCAAUUUUCCAUUAACUUGCAAAGCCGCACAGAGCUGAAAUUCCAAUGGGCUGCCCUCGAAUUUUAUUGCUGGCCUUGUUUGCUGUCUUUGCUGAUCUUAUCUGUAACUGCUUUCGUGGCACAUGUGACAGGGGCUGCAGGGCUGUAACAGGCACCCAUCCCUCCCCCUGUCCUCGCCUGCUGUGGCUGUGGGGUUAUGGCACACAGCUUCAGCUCGUGUUUUGUGUGAUAGGAGCGAGGGUUUAAGUGGUUUAUUAACUCGGGGAUGGGACUGGAGGCAAUUCUGAGCCCUGAGUGCUCAGUGUUCUGUCCCUGGUUCGGGAGGGAAGGAGGCUGUGGGACCAUGGGCAUCUCUGCUGCCUGGUACUGAGAGCUGCCAGCUCCUGGCCCUGGACAAGCACAGACAGACUUACACUGCUCUGUGCAUGCUGGCUUCUCCAGCGCCCUGGAAUCCGAGUCCAGCAGGGGCAUCCCUCAGAUCCUUUGAUGUCGUGCUCUCCCCUUCCCCAGGUUUCACUGUGAGAUAAAGGUGCCAUUCCCCUCCUCACAUCCGGCCCAGCUCAGUGCCACAGGCAGCACCUUGGAGACCAGCCAAGAUGAUUUACGAGAUCUGACGGGUGUGGGGCCAGUAUCCCAGGGAAGGGCGAGGGUGCGUGGGAGUCUUGCUCCCUUUUUCCAUAAUAAAUCCCUAUGGGAACUGAAUGUUCCUGGGUUUGGGCCGGAGGCAAACUCAGCGCUGCAUUUCUCUGCUGAUCUGUCCUUGGGACUUAAUCUCAAAUCCCUUAUCGCUGCCCCCAUCUAGCGCUGGGAGGCAGUGAUGCCCAUUACGGUGGUUUUGGUAUCCCUUCCAGCUAUUUUUUUUCCCCCUGACCAGCUCAGGGCGGUUUAAGCUGAUUCCUUUCCUCUAUUAGCAUCGGUGGCGGGUGUGUGCUGGUCACCUCGCUCCGGUUUUGCGGGGUAUAAAGCCUGCAAGCCCCUCUCCAGCCUGUCCCCCGCCUGGCAGGCUCCUGGGCAGGGGCAAUGGCCGAGCUGCCCGUCCCAGAUCUGCCCCCGGCCCGCUGCAGUGGCCGCUUCACCAUCAGCACCCUCCUGGGCAUGGAGGAGGGGGGCCGGGGUCCCUACACACCCACCGAGGGGUCCAGCUGCGACAGCGUCCAGCCCACUCACCUGUCCAGCAGCACCCUCUGCACCAGGACCUUCGGCUACAACACGGUGGAUGUGGUGCCGGCCUACGAGCACUAUGCCAACAGCAAGGGGGUGGAUGACGCCAGGAAGGGCAGGCCCUCGCUGGCUGACCUGCACUCCAUCCUCAAGGUAACGGGGCUUUGCCGUACCCACAGCAUCUGCGGCAUCCACUGGCCGUGCUGCUGCUCCCUGAGAUGUGUCUGUGACGGGUCACUGUGUCUCCUGCCUCUUGGUGUCGUAACUGGUGCUGUGCCGACUGCACAUCCCCAAGAAGGCCCUGGCAGAAGACAGAAUCCAGCUGUUUCCAGAUGUGUGCUCAAACAGAGCGUUGCCUCCAGGGACAGCUGCCUGAAGUCCACCCUCACCUGCCUUGCCCUUGUCCCACAGCCUGACCCAGGCCGCCUUCGCACGUCGGUGUCUGACCUGCAGCAGAGCAAUGGCCUGCCGGAGGCUGGGCCGGAGGCUGGGCUGGAGGAGGCAGAAGGGGAGCCAGGCAGAGAUUCCGUGCCAGAACCCGUCCGCUUUGGAUGGGUAAAGGGUGUCAUGAUUCGCUGCAUGCUGAACAUUUGGGGAGUUAUCCUCUACUUGCGCUUGCCCUGGAUCACCGCCCAGGCAGGAAUCGCCCUGACGUGGGUCAUCAUCCUCAUGUCCGUGACAGUGACCACCAUAACCGGCUUGUCCAUCUCUGCCAUAUCCACCAAUGGCAAAGUGAAGUCAGGAGGGACCUACUUCCUCAUCUCGCGGAGCCUCGGGCCAGAGCUGGGUGGAUCCAUCGGGCUGAUCUUUGCCUUUGCAAACGCAGUGGCCGUAGCCAUGCACACAGUGGGCUUUGCCGAAACUGUCCGGGACCUGCUGCAGGAGCACAAUUCUCUCAUCGUGGACCCCACCAAUGACAUCCGAAUCAUUGGGGUCAUCACUGUGACGGUGCUGCUGGGCAUCUCCCUGGCUGGCAUGGAAUGGGAGGCCAAGGCACAGAUACUGUUCUUCCUGGUCAUCUUGGUUUCGUUCGUUAACUACCUGGUGGGGACAGUGAUCCCAGCCACCGCUGAGAAGCAAGCAAAGGGCUUCUUCAGCUACCGAGCUGAUAUCUUUGCUCAGAACUUUGUGCCCAACUGGCGUGGACCUGAGGGCUCCUUCUUUGGAUUGUUUUCCAUCUUCUUCCCAUCAGCAACUGGCAUCCUUGCCGGGGCCAACAUUUCUGGUGACCUGAAGGAUCCUGCCGUGGCCAUCCCCAAGGGCACCUUGAUGGCCAUCUUCUGGACCACUAUGUCCUACCUGGUGCUUUCUGCCACCAUUGGUGCCUGUGUGGUCAGAGAUGCCUCAGGCAGCCUGAAUGACAGCGUGGCUGUGGGCUCGCCGGGCUGUGAGGGACUGGCCUGCAGCUUCGGCUGGAACUUCACUGCCUGCACCCAACAGCAAAGCUGCCGAUACGGGCUCAGCAACUACUACCAGAGCAUGAGCAUGGUGUCUGGAUUUGGCCCCCUGAUUACAGCAGGGAUCUUUGGUGCUACCCUCUCCUCGGCAUUAGCCUGCCUUGUCUCAGCCCCCAAAGUCUUCCAGUGUCUGUGCAAGGACCAGCUCUAUCCUCUCAUCGGCUUCUUUGGGAAGGGCUAUGGGAGGAACAGUGAGCCCAUCCGUGGCUACAUGCUUACCUAUGCCAUUGCCAUUGGCUUUAUCCUCAUUGCUGAGCUCAAUGCCAUUGCCCCCAUCAUUUCCAACUUCUUCCUCUGCUCCUACGCCCUCAUCAACUUCAGCUGCUUCCACGCCUCCAUCACCAACUCCCCAGGCUGGCGACCCUCCUUUCGGUAUUACAGCAAGUGGGCUGCGCUCUUUGGGGCCGCAGUCUCAGUGGUGAUCAUGUUCCUGCUGACCUGGUGGGCAGCCCUCAUUGCCUUCAGCAUCGUCGUCUUCCUCCUGGGAUACGUCCUCUACAAAAAGCCAGAUGUCAACUGGGGUUCCUCCAUGCAAGCCAGUUCCUACAACAUGGCCCUCAGCUACUCGGUGGGGCUGAGUGAAGUGGAUGAGCACAUCAAGAACUACAGACCACAGUGCCUGGUGCUGACUGGCCCACCCAACUUCCGCCCGGCAUUGGUGGAUUUUGUGGGGACUUUCACCAAAAACCUCAGCCUGAUGCUCUGCGGUAACGUGCUGAUUGGACCACGGAAGCAGAAGAUGACAGAGACCCAGCUGAUGGCAGAUGGCCACACUAAGUGGCUAAUGAAGAGGAAGAUCAAGGCUUUCUACACAGAUGUGGUGGCUGAGGAUUUGAGAAGUGGUGUCCAAAUGCUCAUCCAGGCUGCUGGCCUCGGGAAGAUGAGACCUAACAUCUUAGUGCUGGGCUACAAGAGGAACUGGCAGACGGCAUCUCCACAGAGCCUGGAGGACUACGUGGGCAUCCUGCAGUACGGCCACGCCGGCUCCUCUGCCUCCUGGGGACACUGGCACCUGGUGGUGGCCCCGCAGUCGCUGAGAGCUGCAGCCAUGUGCGCAGCAUCCAGCUGGACGGUGCCAUCCCCCAUUAACUGCCUUCUCCUCCCUCCUUCCAGCGACGCCUUCGAUUUCAAGUACGGAGUGUGCUUAAUGCGGAUGAAGGAAGGGCUGAAUGUUUCCCGAGUGCUGCAGGCACAUGUUAACCCCACGUUCGAGGCAGCAGAGCACCCCAAGAAUGGUACUGGCAGCAGAGCAGCCCCAGGCACAGCAGUGGAGCCCACCACCUCAGCUAGUGAGCAGCAGGCGAGCACCAUCUUCCAGAGCGAGCAGGGCAAGAAGACCAUUGACAUUUACUGGCUCUUUGAUGAUGGAGGUCUCACACUGCUCAUCCCAUACCUCCUGGGGCGCAAGAAGAGGUGGGGAAAGUGCAAAAUCCGGGUGUUUGUCGGUGGGCAGAUCAACAGGAUGGACGAGGAGAGGAAGGCGAUUGUCUCUCUGCUGAGCAAGUUCCGCCUUGGAUUCCAUGAGGUCCACAUCCUCCCUGACAUCAACCAGAAACCCCGGCCAGAGCACAUCAAGAGGUUUGACGACCUCAUCGCUCCCUUCAGGCUGAAUGAUGGCUUCAAAGAUGAGGCCACAGUGAAUGAGAUGAGACAGGGCUGUCCCUGGAAGAUUUCUGAUGAGGAGGUCGAUAAAAACAGAGCCAAGUCACUCCGACAAGUGAGGCUGAAUGAGAUUUUGCUGGAUUACUCACGGGAUGCAGCACUCAUAGCCAUCACUCCGCCCAUCGGCAGGAAGGGGCGCUGCCCCAGCUCCCUCUACAUGGCCUGGCUCGAGACCCUCUCGCAGGACCUGAGACCCCCCAUCAUCCUCACACGAGGAAACCAAGAGAACGUGUUGACCUUUUACUGUCAAUAAAACCUCCUGGAUCCCUGA